AUGCCCCGCCAAAGGCAACCCGCUCGGUUCUCGAGCGAGGCUCCCUCCGAAUCUUCCACCUCGACAUCGCCGGACCGCACCGCCGAUGACGACACCGACUUCUUCACAGCCCAGGCGAACGACUCGCAAUCCUCGGUCGGCGUCGCGACUCGCGACACACACAGCCAUAAUGACACCUCCAUGUUCCUCCCGCCGAUUGGGCGCCUGCCCCCGGAGAUCCUCAUCGCCAUCUUCGCGAAACUGAGCUCGCCAUCCGACAUGUUGAGUUGCAUGCGGGUAUGCAGGGGAUGGGCUGCCAACUGCGUGGGCAUCCUCUGGCACCGGCCCUCCUGCAACAACUGGGAGAACAUGAAGAGCAUCACGGCCUCGGUGGGCCAGCCGAACAGCUUCUUCCCAUACUCGCAACUCAUCCGGCGGUUGAACCUCUCGGCGCUGACCGAUGGCGUCAGUGAUGGCACCGUGGUUCCCUUUGCUCAGUGCAACCGGAUCGAGCGUCUCACGCUGACCAACUGCUCUAAGCUGACGGAUAAAGGCGUGUCGGACUUGGUGGAAGGCAACCGGCAUCUGCAGGCGCUGGAUGUCUCGGAUCUGCGGCAUCUGACGGAUCACACGCUGUACACGGUGGCUCGGAAUUGUGCGCGGCUCCAGGGUCUCAACAUCACGGGCUGUGUCAAUGUUACCGACGAGUCACUCAUCACCGUGUCUCGAAAUUGUCGACAGAUCAAGCGGCUGAAGCUGAACGGGGUCGCGCAAGUGACCGACAAGGCCAUCUUGUCCUUUGCCCAGAACUGCCCGGCUAUCCUGGAGAUUGAUCUUCACGACUGUAAACUAGUCACCAACCCUUCUGUGACCUCCCUCAUGACUACGCUGCAGAACCUGCGCGAGUUGCGACUGGCCCAUUGCGCCGAGAUCGACGACACGGCGUUCCUGGAGCUGCCGCGACACCUGUCCAUGGACAGUCUCCGCAUCCUGGACCUGACGUCAUGUGAAAGCGUCCGGGAUGAUGCCGUCGAACGGAUUGUCGCCUCGGCGCCCCGCCUCCGGAAUCUGGUGCUGGCCAAGUGUCGGUUCAUCACCGAUCGCGCGGUCUGGGCCAUCUGUCGGCUGGGGAAGAACCUCCACUACGUCCAUUUGGGCCACUGUUCCAACAUCACCGAUACUGCGGUGAUCCAGAUGGUCAAGUCCUGCAACCGCAUCCGGUAUAUCGACCUGGCCUGCUGCACCCGCUUGACGGAUGCGAGCGUUCAGCAGCUGGCGACACUGCCGAAGCUACGAAGGAUCGGGUUGGUUAAGUGUCAAUCCAUUACCAAUACGAGCAUACUUGCCUUGGCAGGAUCCAAGGCUGCCCACCAUUCCGGCGGAGUCAGUAGCUUGGAGCGGGUCCAUCUGAGUUACUGCGUUCAUCUCACCAUUGAAGGAAUCCAUGCUUUACUGAAUAGUUGCCCUCGACUCACGCAUCUGAGUCUGACUGGAGUGCAGGCAUUCUUGCGGGAAGAGCUGACGGUCUUUUGCCGCGAGGCGCCUCCCGAGUUCACGCAUCAGCAGCGGGAGGUGUUUUGUGUGUUCAGCGGGGAGGGAGUCAACCGGCUGCGCGACUUCUUGAACCGCAUCAUUCCGCCUCCGCCGCCCACGCGGGACAUGACCGAGGCCACGAUGUAUGACGAUGACGACGAGCUUGACGAAGAGGAAAACCAGGUGACGGGUUUGAUGCAUGCGACAGCGGCCACGGCCAUUCACGACGAUGAUUAUAUUGACAUUGGACAUACCCAUGGUUGA